AUGGAAGUAGACUCAAGAAAUAAGUUCAGACCCACAGAACUAUCCUAUGACUAUAUAUUACAGACAUAUUUUAUAGAAUUCCAGCAACAGCUAGAGGACAUCUAUGGACAUAGCUUUGAUGCUGAGAGAAAGAAGAGAACUAAUGAAGAUUUUUAUUAUCUUUGAAAUGAGUCUCCUGGCAUAGUUAAGGAAAAAUAUCUAAACUCAUUUUGAAGGGUUAUGAAAUUUAAAGAACAAAUUAAAAAGAGGCUUUCAUUAAAGAUCAUAACUCAUGUCAAAUCUAAAUAAAGACUCCUUGGAUAAAUUGGGCUGUUCUUUCAAUGAAAUUCAGGAUUUUACUUUAGCUUCAACAAAAGACAACGAAAAGUUAACUUUGAACUCAAUGUUUUAUAGGAGACUGCUGCGAUCCUUGAGCUUUGUAACAAGUAGUUUUGAAUUACAAAAAUUUAUGAUUUCUCCUAGCCAAUUAUGAAAGCUCCUUUCUUGUUCUAUAAGAAUUAAAAAGGUUGUUUUCACUGAUUGUGAGAUCCAAUGAACACUUCCUUCUUGCCAUUAUGUCUUUAAAUUCCCAAAAUGUUUAAAUACAAAAUCAAUCGAAUUCACUUUCUGCACAUUUAAAAAGAAACAGUACCACAGAGCCCUGCCUCAAGUGAGCCAUCUUAUACAAGGGUUUGUAAGAGCUAUGGAAAAGAUUCAGGGUAAGACACUUGCUAUAACGUUCACUAAUGAUGAUCCAAAUGAGACAUCUCGAGUAUUUUCUAACACUAGCAUUCAAGCUCUUCUUGAAAUUUCCAAGCUUAAAGUUGAAGAUGACUAUCUCUGCACAACUUUUACAAUAAACCCAUAAUAGCCAUUAGAUAUUAAACAUUUCAUUUAA